AUCAUCGCCCAGGGAACAGAGUGCGCUGCUAUCGCGUUGUUGUCACGAUUGUUGUGUGACAGUGUCUUAACUUAUAUAGAUGUUAUUAUUUUAAUUAAUUAUUCUAAAUAAAUUUAAAGUGUACUAUUGAAUAUAUAAGUAAUUUUAUUUUUAAUAAAGUGUUAUUGUAAGUUGUAUUAUUAAGAAGAUGGAGGAAUUUUUACAUAACGUAGGUGUUGGAUUAAGACCCAUAGAUGAUCCAUUUUUUGGAAGUUCGUACCGAGUUUGCAAAAUUUUUCAAAGGAAAGGUGUUACCGUUGAAGACGACGAAGAAUUAUGUCAUGGAGUUAUUAAAGAAUUUCCUUGUUAUGCCACUGGUUGUAAAGCUACGUUUAAAACAUUAGUAGAUUUUGAAAUGCAUUAUAACAGUAGUCAUCGUUACGCGUGUGCAGAAUGUAAAAAAUGUUUGCCAAAUCCAAGACUGUUAGAUAUUCAUAUUCAGGAAAGCCAUGACAGCUUUUUUCAAGUAUUAUCUGCAAAGCAAGCAAUGUAUCAAUGUUAUGUUUCCGAAUGUGAUUUAAAAUUUAAUAAUUCAGUAGAAAGGAGAGAUCACUGCAUAAAUGUACAUAAAUUUCCCAAAAAUUUUCGAUUUGAUAACAUUCCUCAUACUAUAAAAAAUGAACCUAAAGAUAAAAUGGAGGUCGAGGAAUGUGAACAUGAAGUGAAGCAACCAAAAAGUAUGAAGCCACAAUUAAAUAAGAAUCAAAGAAGUAAAAUGUUUACUGCUGCAUCAAAAAUCACUGUUCCACUAAAUAGUAACAUCAAUGCAAGUCAAUUGACUGCUUCGAAUACUGCUAGCAGUUCAUCUUCUCUAAUGUUUGUUCCUCGACAAAUACAAAAGUCAUAUACAAAGGCACUUACCAAGAAUCAGAGUAGUGAAAAGAAUGUCUUAGAGACAGAAACUUUGAUGGACUUAGCCGAGUCAUUACCUACAUGAUACUGUUGACAAAGGUAAAAAUAAAUGUGUAUUGGGAGAAAUGGAUUUUAUAAUAAAUGACAAUUUUUUAAAGCAUUUGUUUUAUUAUAAAUAUAUCUUACAUAUCAUAAUAAUAUUUAUAUUUACAAUGCAGUUCAAA